AUGUCUGCUGGAACCUCAGCAGGAGCAAGUGAGGACCAGCGAGCCUCGCUGACUUCUCGAGUCCUUCCUAUUAUGACUUUGUCGGAGGGGCCAAGUCCUCUCACUAACCCCCUCACCCCAAUACCCCUUUACAUCUGCUCGCUUACAAGCAGAAGCGCGAUUUCAAGUCCAGGGGCAAGCCAUAGUCACCGGUGGGGCAGGCGCACUAGGCCUAAUCUCUGCACAGGCUCUUCUGGAACAUGGUCUUUCCUCGCUGUGGAUUAUGGAUCUCUCCAGAACCUUGGAGACGCCGAAAGAACAAAUCCAAUCACUAGCUUCAAAAUUCCCCUAUGA